AAAUCAGUCACAUUCGAAAUCAGUUCGCGAUGGAAAUUUGAACACAACGGUUGUCUCCGCGCAUCUCGUUUCCGUUUUACUAUUCGUCGUAGUCGCCGUUUUCGUGGUUUAUUUAUCGCGCUGAAUAAAUUCAAGCAACUAGCAAUAAGUGUUUGACCACAGCAUCCAACAUUGUACAACAAUUGUGCCUCCCAAAAAACCAAACAAAACAAAAAAUAAAUACCUACAAAACAAAAAAAAACCCCCAAAAGUGUCUGAGAAAUAUUACCCCAAAAUACAAAAAAAAAGAAUUGCUGGAUGGAUUGUGCGUGUCGUUUAAUUGAUUUCAAGGAUUGCCAAAUGGCAAAAGUAAAUUGAAACUGUCGUCGUUGUCGUCGUGGCCGGGGAUUAAAAGUGCAGAUUAUAACACGCAGAAGGAGAAGAGCUCCCAUCCGGUGUCCUCUCAUCGUUAUUGUGGCCGCAGUGUCACGUCUGGCAAAGAGAUUCGGCUUAAAUUUAAUUGAAACCCAAAGGGAAAUUAAAAAUUAAAACACAAAAAAAAAAAACCAUAACAAUUUCGUGAGCAGUUUAAUCACAAGUGAUUGCUACUCACAAAAAAAAACAAACAGUGAAGUUUCAUUUCGCUUGUCCGGCACAAUUAGCCGGAAAGUGUUUUUUAAAUACCAUAAACAGCAACUAUAACAAAUAUUAUCGCAGAUCCGGGCGCUAGCAAAAUGGUGGUUUUAGAAACUACCAGCGCCCUUUUGGGCGGCCCAUACGCCCAAGGCGCCCCCGCCUUGAAAAUGGUGCAUAAACGCUACAUUGGAUUACAUCAGUGGCUGGGACCAAUCCGCACCAAAGAGCUUAAGGAGCAUAUUGUAGGUGACAAUGUAAGUUCAACUUUCUUGGAAUCCAAAAAUCCUAAAACAACAGCAAGAAGGCAAUUUCAUUUGGCAGCUAAGUUCCAAGACGACAUUUAUAAUAUUUUUAUCUUAAAAACUACUACAAAAUCGACCAUUCUCGUUUUUAAUUAUAACAAAACACAAGUCUCGUCAACAGCCGAGUUGAAAAUUGUGUCAGGCCGUACCCAGAGUUUUUUUUGUUGUGCGGUUGUACGUUUGCCCUGAUAAGAGCAAAAUUUCUAUAACAUUUCCUGUGCGGCCCGAUAAAAACAAUGAACAAAAUGUGCCUUCUGAUAAGGCGUAGAACCCUGAGCCCAAAACAUAUUGCAAAGUUCUCUCCCAGAUGGAGGCAUGAAAUUUGCUUCCAUCCCGAGCUCUGGAAUAUUAGAUUUUCGAACCGAGAGAUUCUUCACCCACAUGUAUAAAAUAUGCAGGCUAUAGAAUGGAAUGAAUGAAUGACGACGACGAGGGGUGGAUGAAUGAACAACAGCAUAUAUAGUAGUAGUAGUAUGAGUAGUGGCAAUGGAGGAAACUUUCCCAGACUUUAGUUGGCUGGGGGAAAAUUGAAUUUCCUGCUAUUGACUUUGGGGGAAAAGAACCGACAGCGGACGGCACAACUUUCAUACGAGCGCAUAGGCAACACACACCAAACCGAUGGGGAAAAAAUUACAAAAAUGUCAAAGCAGGAGUAGGAAAAAGUUAAAACUGAAAAGCAAAAAUUGCAAAACACAAAUCGAGAACGAGCCACCGCCAAUGUCUGGUAGCGAAGAGUCGGAUUUUGUAUCCCCCUAUUUUUUAGUAUUUUUUUUUGGCUGCUGCAACAUUUCCCAUCUUUUUUCUGUUGUGUUUUAGCAAGCGACGCCGCCAACAUUCAAUAAAAAUUCAAUUUGCAAUUGAAUUUGUUUUCACUCGAUAUCCUGCCAUCUCUCCUUUUUUUUCUGCCCCCUCUAUACAUCUCUCUCCUCUCUGUCUUUCUGACAGGAUUGCAACUUGGUAAACAUUGCAAAAAUCGCCAAUAACAUUAUACAUUUUACCCAAAACCAUUUCACGCUGCAUGUGUGCAAAGUGUUAGCUGAUAUUGUCAUUCAAGUGAUACAUUAACCGCAAUCCGUUCAAUAAAAGUGUCCAAAUAAACAUUUUUUGAGUGUGGCUUAAACCAAAUUAAAAUAAAUUAAUUUAAUAGCUAUUGAGUUAGUCAAUUUAUAAUACAAAUCUAAAGCUAUAUCUGUAUGAUUAAUCGUCUUAAAAGAUCAAUGGCAUCCAGUGAAUAAUUCGAUUUUUUUUCACACCACUAAAUGGAAACGCUUAGAACCUUUAUUCCUAUAUCCAUAUAAUAUGCUUUCCACAAAAGCAUUCACUUUUCAAAUCUAAGCCCACAUCAGCAUCAUAUUUAUUUCAUCAGUUUGUUUUGGCAAUUUUAAUCCCGACAAAACAUUGGCAGUUUGCUUAAAUUAUAAAUGCUUUUCGCCAUAUUUCAGUUUGGUUAAAAAAGCCACAACACAGUCACAUACGUUGGGUUAAAAAGUGGGUGAAAAGUGGGUGAAAGUGGGCCAAAUUCAGAGGACGAGAAGCUUAUCGUUUGCUGCCGGCUUUGCUGCGGUUUUUAGCAGUUUCCGUUCUCGCGUGGCUUAUCGAUUAAAUUCAUAUCAUUGACACGUCAUAAACAAAAAAUAAAGUGCCAGGGAGACUGAGAGAUAAACUAAAAAUAAAUACAAAUAAAAAUGGCAGCGUACGCUGUGUGUUGUGCCUGGAUUUUGUGGUCGGAAAACCUUUUAGGCCAGGCCCAACCGACUAAGUGAAUUAGCCCAAAGCGACAGCGAUAUAGGUGAAUAAAGAAAAAAUAAAAAAGCAGCGAACAAAGAAAAAAAAAAGUAACAUUAAUAAAUAGAAUUUUUUGUUAUAACAAACGGUGUACAAAAAUGGCUACCAAAAAAAAAGGGAUCCUUUGCUGCCAACAAGCCCCCUCCAACUUUUUUUCUUGUCAAUAUGCAAAUGGCUAACAAAAAAAAAAUCGGGGGGAAAAAAGGUGAGGACAAGAGCCGAAAGUGAGCAAAAGUCGCGCAAAUUAAAGGCGAAAAUGAUGAUAAUGGAAGCAGUCGCCUCGUUGUCACUCCGAAACCCAUUCCCUUCCUGAAAAACAGUCACGUUAAACGGAAAUGGCAAUGUCUAGACUGUGGACUUUUUGGACCCUAGUAGUCCGUUGCAGUCGGUGGAGUAAGUAACCGCAGAACAUUCGCAACGGCACAAAAGGUUUCAGUUUCGGUUAGUUAUUUUUUCUGCCUUUUUUCGCCCUCCAUUUUCCUCUGCCGCAAACAAAUUUCUGUGUGGAAAAGCCCAAAAAACAAAAAAAAUAUAUUACAACAAAGGUCUAGGCGGAGAGCACCCUUGGGUGGAGUUUUCCUCUGUUUUGAAUUUGGAACUGAGUUCCCUCAGAAUCGGAUCCGAAUCAGACUCAGAUACAGCCCCAUCAUAUGACAAAAGACAGAAACGUUUGUUUGGAACGUGCUAGGUACUGAAAACA